AUGAGUCCAAUUACUCGUGUGCAAACCUCUUUUGUUGCUCUAGAUGUUGCAGUGUUGGGUUCAGGACUUGGAGGACUUUGUGCUGCUCUCUCUCUCCGCCGUGCUGGGCAUAAGGUUACUCUGUACGAACGAUUUGAUUUCGCGGGAGAAGUGGGCGCUUCUCUCUCUGUGGCAUCUAAUGGAUCACGAUGGAUCGAGAGAUGGGGUGUAGACGUUCCUUCCGUCAAGCCUGUAACUUUACAACGUCUCAUCAUGCAUGACUGGGAAACGGGAACGAUAAAGAAUAAAUACGAUUUGGGUGACUACAAAACAAAAUUUGGAUCCGAAUAUUACAACUUUCAUAGAAUUGACAUGCAUCAAACUCUCCUUGACACUGUGCAGCAGGAAGGCGGUGCUGGGAUUCCCUGCAAGAUCAUUACCAAUCACAGAGCGAUUGAGGUUGAUUCUGAAAGGGGGAUCGUUCGAUUUGAAAAUGGCUCUUCCGCAACAGCAGAUUUAAUUAUUGGUGCUGAUGGUAUCCGAUCUAAUACCCGGCAACAAAUCGGCAUUAUCCCAGAAUUCAAGGCAUCAGAGUCAUGCUGUUAUCGCUGUAUUAUUUCUGCAGAAAAGCUUCACUCGCUGGGUCUUACAGAAUUCAUCACCAACAACGCCAUCGAGUUUUGGGGCGGUUAUGGUAUCAACAAAAUCGUUCUGUCUGCAUGUCAUAACAAUGAAGUCGUAAGCUGCUACUGUUUCUACCCUGCUUCCCACAACGGGUUAGAUAAGGACGGAUGGAACAUCUCUGCUACGCCUCAAGAGUUGGUAGAUACUUUUCCCGGCUUGGACAAGAGAAUCAAGCAACUGUUCUUACACUCGGAAGAUAUCAAAAUGUGGCGACUUUAUAUUCACGAAGAAUACCCAUACUGGCAACAAGGUAUUGUGGGGCUUCUAGGAGAUGCUGCACAUCCUAUGUUGCCAGAUCAAAGUCAGGGGUUUUGUCAAGGCAUUGAGGAUGCUGCGGCACUGGGAUUGGUGUUUAGUGAAGACCAUUUCAAAGGCGAUGUGAGACGAGCGUUGGAGCUGUAUGAGGAGGUUCGAAAACCAAGAGCGACUAGAGUGCAAAAAGCAAGUGCCAAAGCGAGGACCGAUCUAAGUGAGCGCAUUGGGUGGAGUACUGGACUGGAAAGAAAAGAUAAGUUAACUAUUGAAGAGCACAUCAAAGAGGCGGAGGCUGCUAAGCCCUGA